AUGCCGUCUACACCGUUCCCUCUUCUACGCACUCCCCAUGUUGUCAUCCGUGAAGUACUGAAAUUAUUCCACUGUAAAGAUUUAGUCAUGUUCUCCCUGUGCUCGAAGAGGACCACCCGACUCGUUAAACUGCACAAAAAUCGAUACAAUGGCAACGAGUUACACGUGAAUUGUGAUACAGUACCGGAAGUGAGAUGGUGUCAAACUGGUGAUCAAUCGACAUAUACAUUGUUGGGUGUCAGUAGUAUGGCUGAAGUAAUUUCUGAUAGCAAAGAAGAAAUAAUUGAGAUUCGGGGUCAUCGAGUACCAAUCAUUUAUGAUCAUCUGUCAAAGAUAUGGGUGACUUAUUGGGAUGAUCCGAUUCAGGGAAUGAAGACUGUCGUGGAAUUCUUAUCGGAUGCUUUGAAGUGUCCACCUGUCAGAAUAAGAUUCGACCGGAAGAGUAUGUGGGCUAUCGAUUGGGCAAACAGUAUUGGAAUAACCACUGUAUUCAGUGAUUCUCGUCUGAAUUUCCGCUUUAAUGAGUAUGAAUUUAUUCUACAAAAUUGUGCAGCACCGAUUCUCCAUCUCCGCACUAACCCGGUCGAGAUUUUAUUCUAUACAUACCACGGACACUUCUUGGAACGCGACACGAUAAGAAUUGCCAACGCAAUGUGGGUGACACUCGAUAACUUGUUGAGUCUCAACUGUGCUGAGGUCAAUUUUGAUUUCACUUUACUCAAUUGCAAGGAGUUGAAUGAGUUUCUGAAACAAUGGUUGGCUGGAAAAUUCCCACGUCUUGAGGGAGUUCGGAUCGCAAUGAAACCCUUCCACUAUUCUGAAGAGGAUCUUUUCAAAGGAAUCGAGAAUCCGAUGACUAAACGUGUCGAAGGGAAGGAGUGGAAGAGAAACACGUUUAAGUUCAGUUCCAUGGGAUCGGAUAUCAAAAUGGACGACGGAAGGACUCUGACUGCUUGCUACUGUAUGGAUAACAUGAGUGUUUGCAUGGCGGUGUGGCCACAGUGA